AUGGAGGUGUUAAUCCAAGGAACGAUCAGUGCUUUGGGAUACCUCGAAGAUGGAGUUUACUAUCAAGAGCCUGAUUGUUACGAAACAAUCCGCGAUUUGAUUCGCUUCCUCCGUACCGACAAUAAUCUGUUAUUGGCUCGGAAGAUUUGUGGAGAGCGUAAUAUCAUUGAAAAUGAUCUCAUACCCAUUAUCAAAUCGGAGAAUCUCAAGGACAACAUGUUCGACAUUACUCUUAGGUUGUUGGCGAAUCUCACUCAGCCGGCACUAGCGAGCUUGCAGGGGAAGCAACCUGAAGAUCGUGAUGAGUGGCAAACAUAUUGGACUUUGGAGGAAAAUCUCAGGCGGGCUAAGCUAGCCUUCGCUGAUGUUAAGUUCUUCACGGUCUUGAAAAAUAGGUUGGAGAAGUUCUUCUUGGAGACGGAUUGGGAAGAUCGCCAAGAAGAGGAUCGUCUAGUUAUGGAACGAAUCGUUGUCCUUCUGCGAUAUAUUUUCUCGAUUUCACCAACUGAGAGAGAUGGAAGGAGAACAGCAGCUGAGUCGAAUAGCCACGAUAGGGUCAUCACAGCUUUCCUGGAUUCCGGAAUAGAUAAGGUGCUAACAAACAUCGCGAUGCAGUCGAAGGAGCAAGAAUUCCAUCUCUCAAUUAUGGUCAUUUUCGCACUUAUUCUCAAAGAGCAUAAAGCGGCUGAUAUCGUUUCUGCUGGGCGAACCAGAACUCAGGCCGAAAAGGAGCAGGCUGAGGAAGAGCUGCGGCAGGUGGUUGAAGCUGAAAAAGCAAAACUCGCUGCUCAAAAAAGGAAGAUCUUAGCGAGCAGGCAUUCAAGGUUUUCUGGCUCAUACGUUGUUAAAGGAAUGUCUGCUGUUAAUCAGGAGAGAGACCUCGUUGUUCUAAAGCCAAUCAAAGACAUAAAUGAAUUGUCUUUUCAAGCCGAGCGUAAACAUAAAAGGACUGUUGCGAAAAACAGACGGCCGUUCGAAGCUGAACAGAAGACGCACCUCUCUUCAAUGGAUCUUAGAAUAAAGUUGAAGCAAUUCCUGGAAGAAGACUUGUCAAAGUGUUUCAAUCGUUUAAUGAAGAGUACCAAGGAACUGGCUUUCGACACACGCCUGUCCGCCGGCCAGCGAAAUGCUGACAUGUAUUUCUUUUUACUUAUGCGACUCAUGCUUGAGUAUACUCGCUUGGCUGGACUUCCUUCUUCCACUGUGUCUGUAUGUCUUCCCGUUGAAUCGUUCCAUCACAUCCAAGUGCACCUCGACAGCUACCUCGAAAGUGCGGCGGCAUUGGCAAAGGAGGCGAGAAGUUUUGGUCUACGCGCUCAGCAUGCCCUGUCAGCAUACAAGGAGCUUAUUCUUUUUCACCAAUACCUUCUCGACAAAGGAUCUCCUGAAGAAAAGGAUUUUGCAAAACGAACAUGCUAUCAUAUUCUGACUGUUGAAGAAUACCGCGAGAUGGGGUUCGUGUUGAUCAGGAAGUUCAAGCCCGGUUUCUUAUCGAAAACUUUCUUGCGAGAGCUGAUCUUAGCAACUCACUAUUACUUCCGUCUUCUCGAGCGGAGCGUGAAAGCUGGCCAACUCACAACAGUAACGAAAAGAAGCAAAAUAAGACGUGCGAGGUCUCGAAGAAAGAAGACUGCAGAGGAUGCAUUUGGCCCAGAGCCGCUUCCUGCUGUGGUAGAUGGAAUGAGUGCAGAAGACUUGGAGAAAAAGUGGCCUCAAAUCACCGAUGAGAUCAAAGAUAUCAUUUUGGGUAACGUGGAACCAUCAGCGGAUCAGUUUCCUGUGAACUCAUUGCUGGAUGUUCAAGAAGAGCAACACCAAAAAUUCGCAAUGCUGAAAAUCCAGAGAGCCAUGCGUGAAUGCCGCCCUCAGGAUGCCAUGGGACUAUAUCGUGCUUCGAGAGCCAUGUGGCCAACUGAAGGCAUUUUUGGAGAUCCUACCAACAGCGCUGAGCAACAACUUGAAGAGAUUCGUGAGAUAUUCUUCACGGAUUUGAAGGAGGUGGCCGAUGAACUUCUGAAAGCUGAGAUAGCUGCUCAGAAGAAAUUCACUACGGAGUCGAUGAUUGACGAAGGAGAUGAAGAAGAUCCCUACAGUAGUGACGAAGAGGAAGAAGCUAGAUACGAGACUAAGGAGGUGAAAUUCGAUCUCCAGGAGUAUGUGGCUUUCUAUUCUAGGACAGAUGUGCUACGAUGGUACGUUUUCUUGCUGAACGACUUCGCUAGCAAUUCCGUCGAAUUGAAUAAGGCGCUAGUGAAGCUUCUCCACCGCGUUGCGUUCGAUCUGAAGAUGCCAGUACGCCUUUAUCAGUUAUCGUUGUUCCGGAUUUUCGCAGAAGUCAAGAAACAUUUGAACGGAUUGACAACGGAGGAGAUGAAGAAGAAUCCGCUGUUUGAGUUGUAUACUUUCGGCUACCAUUUAUUGAAACAAUUCUUUAAAUGCUAUGAAAAGACUGGAGGGAAGCUUGCACCUGAGAUUCUUUUCUGGAAGGGUCCCAAAGAAUGUUAUGAGAUUGAGAACGGCGAUGGCUAUGAAGAAUCUAAACAUCAGAAGGAUGCGUACUCGUGGAGUGAAGAAUUAGAAAAUGAGUUGCGUUCACUAUAUAACGAAUAUCGGGACAUGGACGAAAGACCCGAGGGCAUGGACGUUCUCGACUUCAUUGAGCCAAAUCUCAGUCGCCCACGGACUCGUAAACAGAUUCUGAAGAAAAUGAAGGAAUUCGCAUUAGAUCCGCUUGGAGCAAAGGCCAACAAAGGGUCUAUUAUGGAUCGCAAUUUUCCGAUAAUCAGAACGAAGGAGCUUAUUGAGCAGUAUAAUGCAUUGCCAGAGAAGAAUGAAGGGCUACGGGUAGAACUCGCUGCUCUUAAGGAGCAGUACUCCGAGCUGGAUGAUGAAGACAGAGAGCUUAUUGACCUGGUUGAUUACUGUACACGGCGGUUGAGCGAGAAGAAGCCGAAACGGCAGAUUAAGCAAGAGCUGAUAGCACUUGGAGCUGUUCUCAAGCCGGAUGGAAAAAGGCGGCCAUCGGUG